GGCAGCAAUCUCCACCAGGGGCGGAGGACGGAGUUCUUGUUUCAAAAGCAGAGGGAGCUCCAGGAUCAAAGCUGAGUUACCCUUUUUCUCUGUUGUGGUCUCCCAGCCCCCUCUUUGUUUGGAUCAGGGAAUUCUGGACAUGCACACAGGGGCAGGGAAUCUCAAGAGCCCCAGGACAGAGAGGUGGCCCGGAAGUGCCUGCAGAGGGAGCGGGAAGGCCCUGCGCUGCGGUCCGGGGAGCCCCGGUCACUCAGCAUGCCCACUGCUGGAGAGGGACUGACUCACUUGCUCCCAUCAGCUUCUGAAGGAAGGUGCCACUGAGGCGGAGGUGACUUCCUGCCCCUGGAGCAGACACCUGAGUUUGUCAGACGAAGACGACCAGGCCUGCCACCCCUUUCUCUCCAGGGUCCAGCGGUGCAGAGAGCCGGGAACAAGAGACACGCAGCCCGUCAGGAUGGGCCAGUCUCCAGAGAUGUGGUGUAUGGUCCUGUUUUCCAUUUUGGUGUGGGUUUAUGCUGAGCCUACCAUGUAUGGGGAGAUCCUGUCCCCUAACUAUCCUCAGGCAUACCCCAAUGAGAUAGAGAAAUCUUGGGAUAUAGAAGUCCCCGAAGGGUACGGGAUUCACCUCUACUUCACCCAUCUGGACAUAGAGCUUUCAGAGGACUGCGCCUAUGACUCAGUGCAGAUAAUGUCCGGAGACAUUGAGGAGGGGAAGCUCUGUGGACAGAAGACUAGCAAGAACCCCAGCUCCCCGAUUGUGGAGGAGUUCAAAGUCCCGUACAAUAAACUCCAAGUGAUCUUUAGGUCAGACUUCUCCAAUGAAGAACGUUUUACUGGAUUUGCUGCCUACUAUGCUGCCAUAGACAUAGAUGAGUGCACGGAGUUUGCAGAUGUUCCUUGUAGCCACUUUUGCAACAACUUCAUUGGCGGCUACUUCUGCUCCUGCCCCCCAGAAUACUUUCUCCACGAUGAUAUGAGGAAUUGCGGAGUCAAUUGCAGUGGAGAUGUGUUCACCACGCUGAUUGGGGAGAUCACAAGUCCCAAUUAUCCCAGGCCAUACCCAGAGAACUCAAGGUGUGAAUACCAGAUCCUGCUGGAGGAGGGGUUCCAGGUGGUGGUGACCGUGCGGAGAGAAGACUUUGACGUGGAGCCAGCUGACGCAGACGGGGCCUGCCAGGACAGUUUAGUUUUUGUUGGAAAAAAUCAGCAGUUUGGUCCUUACUGUGGCAAUGGAUUCCCUGGGCCACUGAAUAUUGAAACCAAGAGUAAUACUCUUGAUAUCAUCUUUCAAACUGACCUAACAGAGCAACGCAAGGGCUGGAAACUCCGUUACCAUGGAGACCCAAUCCCCUGUCCUAAAGAAGUCACUGAGAACUCUUUUUGGGAGCCCAAGAAGGCAAAAUAUGUGUUUAAAGAUGUGGUGAAGAUUACCUGUGUGGAGGGGUAUGAAGUUGUGGAGGACAAUGUUGGCUCAACAUCUUUCUAUUCUGUUUGUCAAAGCAAUGGAAAGUGGAGUAAUUCCAAACUGAGAUGUCAGCCUGUGGACUGUGGUGCUCCUGAACCCAUUAAGAAUGGCAAAGCCGAAGACCCAGAAAGUACUUUAUUUGGUUCUGUCACCCACUACACUUGUGAGGAGCCAUAUUACUACAUGGAAAAUGAAGGCGGUGGGGAAUAUCGCUGCGCUAGUAACGGGAGCUGGGUGAAUGAGGUGCUGGGCACAGAGCUGCCGGUGUGUGUUCCAGUCUGUGGAGUCCCCAGCGAGCCCUUUAUAAUGAAACAGAGGAUAUUUGGAGGAUCCCCUGCUGAUAUUGAAAAUUUCCCCUGGCAAGUGUACUUUAAGUACCCAUGGGCUGGUGGGGCGCUCAUCGGUGAAUACUGGGUGCUGACCGCCGCCCACGUUGUGGAGGACAACGAUGCGCCCACAAUGUACGUUGGGUCCACCUCGGUGCAAACCUCCCAGCUGAAAAACGCUCAGAUGCUCACUGCUGAACGGGUGAUUAUUCAUCCGGGGUGGGAACCUCGGGACCCAUCAAAGGAACGAAAGAAUUAUGACAAUGAUAUUGCGCUGGUGCAGCUGAAAGACCCGGUGAAAAUGGGACCCACUGUGUCCCCCAUCUGUCUGCCAGGCACUUCCUCAGAGUACGACCCCUCCGUGGGAGUGCUUGGAAUGAUUUCAGGCUGGGGCAGAACAGAGAAAAGAGAUCGCGCCGUCAAGCUCAAGGGCGCCAAGUUACCCAUAACUUCUCUGAGGGCCUGCAGAGAGAUGCAAGCGAAAGAUCCCAAAGCACGUAUAACCGACAACAUGAUCUGUGCAGGCGGGGACAUGGGUAUUGACAGUUGUGAAGGAGACAGUGGGGGGGCCUUUGCUGUACAGGACCCCAUUAUAAAGAGCCCCAAAUUCUAUGUAGCUGGCCUGGUGUCCUGGGGACCCGUGUGUGGGAAAUAUGGGUUGUAUACAAGAGUACAGAACUAUAUUGACUGGAUAACGAAGACUAUGCAGGAGAACAGUAUUCCUGGCAGUGACUAGCCAUCCACAUGCCACCAGCCUUUCCGAGGGCUAGGACAAAUACAUUGCUUCCAGUCCCUCACACUAUUCCCAUUUUUUCACCGUGACUGAGAGAAAACAUGGAGUGUGACUUACACCCACCUUGAUUGUCAAGCUAUCUGGCAGGAGGUUAGAGCUUGAUCCCAGAGUUGUGUUGGUCUUUGAGUUGUGGUCUGAAUCUGUGGAGUCUGCUCCCUCACACACCUGUUACAGGUAACAACACUGGCGGGGCACCCCUAGCUUGCACUGUUUUAUAGGAGUACCUUAAUUUUUGUUUCUUUCUUACCUGUUUAAAAUUCCACCUACCUUACCAUUCUCAGAGUUUAUCAUCCACUUAUAAUAAUGCAUAUCCUACAGUCAGUUCUGUCUGGCUCACCUUACUCCACAUCAAGACCUCAGAGCUGUAGAAGAGGAGUGGGAGGAGAGGGCUGUUGUGUAAUGGAAUUUGGGCAACUACUAGCUAAUGUUUAAUCGUUAAACAAAAGGGAGUUCAAUUUUUCUCCUGUCUUCUGAUUUAGGUUUAUUGAAUAUUGUGAACACUUAGAAUUGGUUGUUCAAGAUCUUUAAGUUUAAAGUGUUUUCAGUGCAUAACCUGAAAAUUAAUUUUCUUUUAAAAUUCAUUUGUAUAAUGCAAUACUACGAUGUAAUAAAAAAGAAAAGCCAAAGAAA